ACCAUACUAAAGUCAUAAAAACGAAGCACCAAUGUAUCCCUCAGCUUUGUGUCUUUCCACUCUUUACUGUAAGUCCUCUCCCUACUCAAUUCACUACUCCAUGGAAGAACAAUCAUCACCUUCUUCACCAUCAACAACCCCAUCACCACCAUCGUCUCCUCCUCCUCCGCUGCCAACGGCGGCAAAGCAUUUCAAAACCUUUACAAUAACAGCUUCUUCCAUCUCCUACACCAAGUCCACCACCACCACAGCCACUACAGCCAAUUUUCUGUUCAAAACAUGUACACCCUCUUCACCUUCUUACAUCCUCCGUGACAUCUCUUUCACUGCCAACCCUUCGCAGAUCCUCGCCAUUGUCGGCCCAAGUGGAGCUGGAAAAUCCACUCUGCUUGACAUACUCGCAGCACGUACUUCACCCACCCAUGGAUCUCUUCUCCUCAAUUCCUCUCCUCUGAACCCAUCCACCUUUCGCAAGCUCUCCGCUUAUGUUCCUCAGCACGACGCAUGCCUUCCAUUGCUCACAGUCUCCGAGACCUUUGCCUUUGCUGCUCGCCUUCUUAUCCCCAGUUCAUCCCAAAUUGCUUCGAUUGUGAGCUCUCUGCUUUCGGAACUCCGUCUAUCUCACCUCGCACACACCCGCCUCGCCCAUGGCCUUUCCGGAGGCGAGCGCCGCCGUGUCUCCAUUGGACUUAGCCUCCUUCAUGACCCUGCUGUGUUACUUCUCGAUGAGCCCACAUCAGGGCUUGACAGUUCCUCUGCUUUCAACGUAAUGCAGACUCUCCGAUCGAUCACGAUUUCGCGUUGCCGGACUGUUGUACUCUCCAUACAUCAGCCCAGCUUCAAGAUCCUUUCGACAAUUGACUGCAUUUUAUUGUUAUCUAAAGGAACAGUUGUUCACCAUGGAACCCUUUCUUCCCUUCAGUGCUUCUUGCUCUCCAAUGGGUUCACAGUCCCUCCGCAGCUUAACGCUUUAGAGUACGCAAUGGAGACACUCAGUCAGCUACAUGAGAAUAAGCCCAUCUCGCCAUCAGAAAUUAUUCCUCCAUCUCUUCAAAAUUCUUCAGUUUCAGAUAAUGGCAGAGGAGAGAUCAGAUAUAAGAGCUCCAGAGUCCGUGAGAUCUUCACCCUGUACAACAGAUUUUGGAAGAUUAUUUACAGAACUAGGCAGCUUCUUUUGACAAACACAUUAGAAGCACUUGGAGUGGGUCUUAUAUUGGGAACUAUUUACAUUCAUAUGGGAUUCGAUAAGCAGGGAAUAGAGAAGAGAUUGGGGCUUUUUGCCUUCACACUCACCUUCCUCCUCUCAUCCACCACUGAAACUCUACCUAUCUUCAUUAACGAGAGGCCAAUCCUCUUGAGAGAGACCUCAAGUGGCGUUUACAGGCUCUCAUCCCAUCUGAUUGCGAACACACUCGUGUUCUUACCUUACUUGUUAGCUAUCGCUAUAGUAUACUCUGUUUCUGUCUAUUUCAUAGUGGGCCUCUGUGCUACUUGGCAAGCUUUCGUCUACUUUGUACUGGUUAUAUGGAUUGUCUUUCUAAUGGGGAAUUCGUUUGUCCUCUUCUUGAGCUCUCUUGCUCCAAAUUACAUUGCAGGGACAUCACUGGUAACAGUAUUUCUGGGUGCUUUCUUCCUCUUCUCCGGCUACUUCAUCUCGAAAGAUAGAUUACCCAAGUAUUGGCUUGUGAUGCACUAUUUCUCCAUGUACAAGUAUGCCCUGGAUGCGCUACUCAUCAACGAGUACUCGUGCCUUGUUUCAAGGUGUUUGAUAUGGUACGAAGAGAACAAGACAUGCAUGGUAACAGGGCGUGAUGUACUGGAGACGAGAGGAUUACAUGAGAAGCAGAAGUGGACUAACAUUUACAUUCUGAUUGGGUUCUUCGUUUUCUAUCGCGUUCUUUGUUUGCUGGUUUUGAUCAGAAGGGCAUCGAGGUCGAAGAAAUAACGUGUAUGG